UAUUUUUAUUGGCGCACACACACAUGGUGAUGGACCGACUCAUUCACAAAGGCUGACUCACUACCCCAGAAAAGUGUGUAAUGAUUUGGUUAUAUAAUCUCUAUGGCAUGUUAACAUCUCCAUCAUCAUGCACAUUUGAUCACAAGGUUUGUUUUGUUUUUUAUUCUAAUUAUUAAGCUAAAUGAUGAAUUAUAUUGGUUAUUGUAAUGAAACAAUUUGGUUUAGAUUGGCUUAUAGGGUUGACAGUAUCAGCUAUGUCAAAAAUUACCUUUCUCUCACAAUUACAACUGCUUUGAUUUUAACUUGUAGCAACAAAAUAUAUUUAAACAUAUGAUACAUCAGUGAAGCAGGGAUAGGAGGAGGUUGUUUUGUCUGUAAUGUGUUCAGCUGUUCAUAGUAGUCAUCCUGAGAAAGAGGCUUUCUGACACUGACUGCUGAGCUAAUAAUAUAUAAUGAUAAAAAGGGGGGAUGGGGGCACACUGACCUGGUAACAAGGGUAUAAAAGAGCCAGGACAAAAAGACAAAGUACACAACUUGUCCAGAAACCAGACCGCAACCAUACAGAAUGUCUCAGCCAGAGGUUAAGAAGAAGAAGCGGCCAGUUGUAAAAGAGGAGGAUCUGAAAGGAGCCCGCAGUAAACUGGGGCUGAAAGGAGAGGUCAAGAGCAAGACAUAUGAGGUCAUGGUCGAGUGUGAGCGCAUGGGGAAGGCGGCGCCGUCUGUUUUCAGUGGAGUGCGUUCUGGCGGAGAGACAGCGCUCGAGAAACCCAAUCCUCCAUCAGGAAGCGUCUGUGGCAUAAAGCCAAUUGAGUGCUGAAUGGACGAAUGGUCUGAGAGCGCAUCCACAUCAUGAAUAAUGUGUAUAUUGAUGUUGCAUAUUUGCAAGUAUUGCUGUAUGUUUUUUUACUGUUUGAAGUUGCUAUAUGUUCAUCUCAAAUUGCACCUGAAACAUUGUGUUAGUUUCUAGCGUCAUGUUUUCUAUAUAAAACAUUUCUUAAAAGUAUCACUGAGUCACCCAGUAUUAUUUCCUCUGUCAUGCCGUUUAUGACCAAGUCUGUCAUUUCAAACAAUGAGAGCAAAUAUUACAUCAUCACACCGUGGUUUAAUAAAAAUCUUUGCUUCCUGUG